CCCAUCCUCACGGUUUCUUCUAGCCUAAAAGUCAAGCAGAGGAGGAGGAGGAGGAGCACUGAGGCUUCUAGAAACUUGAGGCAGGGACGUCCGGCAGGAGGCAUGUGGGGGCGGCACUACUGGGGCGGCCGGCGGCCGAGCGACGGCCCCGCGGGUGCGGAGGCCGGCGGCGGCGUGGUGGUGAUGUUCGCGUGGCUGUCGAGUCAGGAGCGGCACGUGCGCGCGUACGUGGACCUGUACGCGGCCCUUGGGUGGGCGUGCCUCGUCUGCCACUCCGACUUCGUCACCCUAUUGGGAUAUUUGGGGGCACGCGGCUGAUGCUAGACUUGGUAUGCGUCUUUUUGGCAACUUCCAAAUUGAUCAGGAAAUCCAGAACUUAAGAUAGGUUUAUGCCGGAGAAGGCUGCUGUGCUUGCUGACCGGGUGCUCACGGAGCUCGUGAAGGAACUGAAUAUUAGACCAGUACCUGUUGUGUUUGCAUCCUUUUCGGGAGGACCAAAAGGUUGCACAUACAAGGUUCUUCAGCUGAUCGAGGGAAGGUGCAAAGGGCAGCUGAGUUUGGGUGACUAUCAACUUGUACGGGACUGCGUAUGUGGACAAAUAUAUGACUCGAGUCCUGUAGAUUUUGUGAGUGAUUUAGGCACCCGCUUUCUCCUUCACCCAAGUGUCCUGAAGAUGCCUGAACCUCCACGUGUCUUAUCAUGGAUGACUAGAGGCAUUGCCUCGGGUCUAGACACUCUUUUCAUUGGCAAGUUUGAAGCACAGCGCAAAGAAUAUUGGGAGACACUAUACUCGUCAGUGCAUGUUGGCCCAAUACUCAUAUUCUGUUCAGAGGAUGAUGAACUUGCUCCAUGUUCAGUCGUUCAAAAUUUUGGACGGCGUCUGCUGGAGCUGGGUGGUGAUGUGAAUUUAGUUAAAUGGCACAGUUCUCCACAUGUAGGACAUUACAAGCAUCACACUGAGGAAUACCGAGCUGCAGUGACUGAGCUGCUCAUGAAGGCUUCAGCGCUUUACACAAGCAGAAAACGACUCAAUGACUACAGUGUCGGCACGAGUGAGGACAGUGACACACCUUAUUCGUCUCGCAAUCUACAUAAGACUGCUGUAAGCUCCAGUGAUAGGCUAGGGAGGGUUUCAGCUGAUCCAGCCAAUCAUUUCUUCUUACCGAGUUCCAUGGAGUACCACGAAAGCAGCAGUGAAGUGCUAAAACCCGAGUUGUUCAACAUGCCGAGUGUUGAAAGCGCGAAGAACCCUGAUGGCCUGUUGGGGAAGAUGCUCUAUGAUGUAUGUGUCCCAAAGAACGUGGAAGGCUGGGACUUCAAGCUUGCAUCAAUAGAUGGGCAGCGUAUGCAUUUUACUGCUCAUCAGCAUGGUACUUCCAAUCCAACAAAAUGUAUACGCCACUCAAGAUUGUAAUGAUUUUGACUCAACAUCUAAGUGCAUUCCAGCAGACUGCUCUAUACUGCCAGAGUAUACUUGUUUGAGGAGAAUGUUAUUGUGUUGACCUUUUCUGGAAAGGCAUGGCAAAACGAAUGCUUUUUUAUGGAGAUUUUAGUUGCCGUGAAGAUGGCAAAUUCCUUA